AUCAAAAUCACCAUUUCCUCUUUCGAUUUUUGCAGCAACAGCUUAGUUAAUAUAUCUCAGUUCUUUUAUUUCUGGUUUCAUUCCUUCAUCUUCUUGAGAUAUCAAGGUUGAGAAAGAUGAGCUCAGGAGACUGGAUUUGCUGCUCAUGCCAACACAUGAACUUCAAAAAGCGGGACUCGUGCCAGAGAUGUGGGUGCCCCAAGUUCGGAGGUGGUGUCGAUGUGCCACUGCUCGGACUAAACAGGACCGAGGUCUUACCCGGGGACUGGUACUGCAAUGUCAUCAACUGCGGAGCACACAACUACGCUAGCCGACCAAACUGCUAUAAAUGUGGAGCGACAAAGAACGACUAUUGUAAUGUUUAUGGUGGAGGAGUGGAGGCCUCUGCCGGUGGGGGUCUCCCCGGAUGGAAAACCGGUGACUGGAUUUGCGCUAGGGUUGGAUGUGGUGCACACAACUAUGCUUGCCGGAUGGAAUGCUUCAAAUGUGGUGCACCAAGAACUUAAUCGGAGGUUGAACACAAGGAGCGAUGAGGGAAUAAUACUAUUCUAAAUGCAUUUUCCUUUU